AUGGAAAUGGACAAGAGGACAGGAGAGGAAGAUGAUGGAAAUGGACAAGAGGACAGAGAGGAAGAUGAUGGAAGUGGACAAGAGGACAGAGAGGAAGAUGAUGGAAAUGGACAAGAGGACAGAGAGGAAGAAGAGGGAAGUGAACAAGAGGACAGACAGGAAGAUGAUGUAAAUGUAAAUGAGGAAGAGGAAGGAGAGGAAGAUGAUGGAAAUGGACAAGAGGAAGGAGAGGAAGACAAUGGAAAUGGACAAGAGGACAGAGAGGAAGACGAUGGAAAUGGACAAGAGGACAGAGAGGAAGAUGAUGGAAAUGGACAAGAGGACAGAGAGGAAGAUGAUGGAAAUGGACAAGAGGACAGAGAGGAAGACGAUGGAAAUGGACAAGAGGACAGAGAGGAAGAUGAUGGAAAUGGACAAGAGGACAGAGAGGAAGACGAUGGAAAUGGACAAGAGGACAGAGAGGAAGAUGAUGGAAAUGGACAAGAGGACAGAGAGGAAGAUGAUGGAAGUGGACAAGAGGACAGAGAGGAAGAUGAUGGAAGUGGACAAGAGGACAGAGAGGAAGAUGAUGGAAAUGGACAAGAGGACAGAGAGGAAGAAGAGGGAAGUGAACAAGAGGACAGACAGGAAGAUGAUGUAAAUGUAAAUGAGGAAGAGGAAGGAGAGGAAGAUGAUGGAAAUGGACAAGAGGAAGGAGAGGAAGACAAUGGAAAUGGACAAGAGGACAGAGAGGAAGACGAUGGAAAUGGACAAGAGGACAGAGAGGAAGAUGAUGGAAAUGGACAAGAGGACAGAGAGGAAGAUGAUGGAAAUGGACAAGAGGACAGAGAGGAAGACGAUGGAAAUGGACAAGAGGACAGAGAGGAAGACGAUGGAAAUGGACAAGAGGACAGAGAGGAAGAUGAUGGAAAUGGACAAGAGGACAGAGAGGAAGAUGAUGGAAGUGGACAAGAGGACAGAGAGGAAGAUGAUGGAAAUGGACAAGAGGACAGAGAGGAAGAAGAGGGAAGUGGACAAGAGGACAGAGAGGAAGAUGAUGGAAAUGGACAAGAGGACAGAGAGGAAGAAGAGGGAAAUGGACAAGAGGACAGAGAGGAAGAAGAGGGAAAUGGAUAA